AUGGAGUACAGCGGGCGCCAAGCAGCCUUGUUUGCGUGCAGCACGGCUGUGGGUGGUGGUCUCGGCAUCGUCAUCUCCAUGGUUGUGAACUUGGCGCUGAUCGAGAUCUCCAUCUCGCCUUUCUUUUCGAUGUACUUCGGGGUGCUGUUCAUCCUCGUGGGCUGCCUCAUCCUCUGGCGGGUCUUGUCUCACGAGUCCCCGAACCCGCUGCAGAUGAAGCGGCUCCAUCUUAGCAUCUUCGCGGGCAUCAUCAUCCUUAGCGGCGCGCUCUGCUUCGUGCUGGAUCGAAAGAUCUUUGUCGGUUUGGCUCCGUGGAUGAAGGUGCCGCUGUACAUGACGCUGGGACUGGCAGUCGCCUUUGCGCUGACCUUCUCGAUCGUCGAUGUGCUGAAUUACAUUAUUGGCUUCUUUCAGAACUCUGUGGCAAAGCCCGUGGUCGAGAGUUCGCAGCAGGUGUUCUUAGUUCUCAUCGUCUCUCUGGCCAUGGGAGUGGUGUUCGGCUUUACGUUCGGCUUGCUCGACGUAGAGGACGAGGAGGUCUACCACAUGCGUGUGGCUCUGAUGCGGGAGGACGCAGCGUCCAGAUACUUCCUUAUGCUUGAACAAGGUCAUGGUUCCUGUGUUUUUAGUCUUCGCAAAAUGCAGAUUUUCAGGUCGCGCUAA